AUGGAACCUGCCUUCGGGGAAGUGAACCAGCUCGGGGGGGUGUUUGUCAACGGGAGACCCCUGCCCAAUGCCAUCAGACUGCGGAUUGUGGAGCUGGCACAACUGGGCAUCAGACCGUGUGACAUCAGCCGGCAGCUCCGCGUUUCCCACGGCUGUGUCAGCAAAAUCCUGGCUCGCUACAAUGAGACGGGCUCCAUCCUACCGGGGGCUAUCGGGGGUAGCAAGCCUCGGGUCACCACCCCCACGGUGGUAAAACACAUCCGGACCUACAAACAAAGGGAUCCGGGCAUCUUCGCCUGGGAGAUCCGGGAUCGCCUGCUGGCCGACGGCGUGUGCGACAAAUACAACGUGCCGUCGGUCAGCUCCAUCAGCCGCAUCCUCCGGAACAAAAUUGGGAACCUGUCUCAGCAGAGUCACUACGAGUCCUACAAGCAGCACCCGCCACCUCCACAGCCUGCUUUGCCCUACAACCACAUCUAUUCCUACCCCAGCCCUAUCGCUGCUGCAGGAGCCAAGGUGCCCACCCCUCCCGGGGUGCCAGCGCUCCCCAGCACCAUGGCCAUGCCCAGGACGUGGCCGUCCUCCCACUCGGUGACGGACAUCCUGGGGAUCCGCUCCAUCACAGACCAAGCAGUAAGCGACACCUCGCCUUACCCCAACCCCAAGGUGGAGGAAUGGAGCAGCCUGGGCCGAAACAGCUUCCCCCCCACCGCUCAGCACGCCGUGAAUGGGCUGGAGAAGAGCUCCGUGGAGCAGGAGGUCAAGUACAGCCAGGUGAUCUGGAUGGCACCCCAUUCGAACCCCAUUUGUGAGACCUGCCUCUUACUGGCCACCUGCUUCCACGGCCAAAACACAGUGCCAUGCCCACCAACCCACAUGGCUUCAGGGCCCUCCACCGGGAUGAAACUAAUAAAGAAAGUCAGAGAGGCACCCAAUGGCCUCCCUGCUGUCAGCAGUUUUGUGUCAGCACCAGCCAUGCCUCCCUAUGCGACACCAGCCCAAGUGUCACCUUACAUGACGUACAGCGCCACCUCGUCUGGCUACAUGGCAAGCCACAGCUGGCAACAUGCUGGAGGCACCCCGCUGUCCCCUCACAGCUGCGACAUCCCCACCUCGCUGGCAUUCAAGGGCAUGCAGACGGCCAGGGAGGGCAGCCACUCGGUCACAGCCUCUGCUCUCUGA